GGGGGGGAAUCAAUGGAUUCAGGAAGCAGUAGGAAUUUGGAGACUACAGUGAAUAGGGUCUAUCCUGAUCAGCUUGUUCCAAAGAUAAACACAAGCAAGAAAAUGUCUACCUUAGCAAACCAACCAAGCAUCCUGGAAAUGUCACAAGAGGUUAAGAAAAGCUGUGGAGAUAAACAGGUAGAAAUCCCCGUUGAAAGAAUAAAAAUGGCAAAGAGCAUCAAAGAAAAACAAAGUAAUGAUUUAGAGAAAGUGGCCUUUAAGAGGAAGGCAGAAAAUGAAGAAAAGCCAGCUGGAAAGAAAGAGGCAAAGAUAACAGAACUUGACAACACGUUGAUCACCAUGCCUCUGCCUCACAUCCCCUUAAAAAACAUCAUGGAUGUGGAGGUGAAGUUGGUCUACAUCGAUGAAGAGGAUGUGAGCUAUGAGUUUGUAGAGUCCAUCAUGUCCACUGGGAUUCGACCAACAUGCCGAGCUGCUGAAAUAGUAGACCCUUUGCAUGUACCUAAUUUCAGCUUUCUGCCUCAGAUUGACAAAUGGCUUCAGGUAGCCUUAAAGGAUGCUAGCUCUUGCUACAGGCAGAAGAAAUACGCUGUGGCAGCCGGACAGUUCAGAACAGCAUUGGAGCUUUGCAGCAAAGGGGCAGCUCUGGGACAACCAUUUGAAGCAUCUGCUGAAGAUAUAGCAAGUGUGGCAAGUUUCAUCGAGACAAAGCUUGUUACGUGCUAUCUACGCAUGAGGAAACCCGACCUUGCCCUGAAUCAUGCACACAGGAGCAUUGUUUUAAACCCAGCUUAUUUCCGAAAUCAUCUUCGCCAGGCAACAGUGUUUAGAUGUCUGGAGAGAUAUUCAGAAGCUGCCCGGAGUGCCAUGAUUGCUGACUACAUGUUCUGGCUCUGUGGAGGAAGUGAACAGUAUAUAAGCAAGCUCAUCAAACUGUAUUGGCAGGCCAUGAUUGAAGAAGCCAUCACCAGAGCGGAAUCUUUCUCAGUUAUGUAUACACCAUUUGCAACAAAAAUCAGAGCUGAUAAAAUAGAAAAAGUAAGAGAGGUUUUCACAAAAACUCAUCCUGCAUAUGUGGAAUAUAUCUACACAGAUCUCCAAGGACUCCACAUAUUGCCUCAGACAGUUGACUGGUCAUCUUUUCCUCCCCAACAAUAUCUCCUGACUCUUGGGUUCAAAAACAAAGAAGAUGGGAAAUUUUUGGAAAAACUAUCAAGUAGAAGGCUGCCUACAUUUACAGAACAUAAAACUCCCUUCAGUCCGCUGACCAAAGAAGACACAGUGAGACACAUGGAGACAAUGGGGAAGCGAAUCUUGCCAAUAUUGGAUUUUAUUAGAAGCACCCAAUUGAAUGGGAGUUUCCACAGGUGCUCAGGUGUGAUGGAGAAGUUGCAAUACGCCAGCCUCCUCAGCCAACUGCAGAGAGUAAAGGAGCAGUCCCAGGUGAUCAAUCAAGCAAUGGCGGAGCUAGCCACCAUUCCCUAUCUACAGGACAUCAGUCAACAGGAGGCGGAAUUGCUGCAGUCACUAAUGGCAGAUGCUAUGGACACCCUUGAAGGAAGAAGAAACAAUAAAGAACGUGUGUGGAAUACAAUCCAAAAGGUUGGGCGAAUUGAAGACUUCCUAUACCAAUUAGAGGACAGUUUCUUGAAAACUAAAAAACUGAGAACUGCUCGAAGGCAAAAAACAAAACUGAAGCGGCUUCAAACUGUGCAGCGAAGCUAG